UCGUUGAAUAUUACAUUUUUUAAAUUACAUUUUUACAGUAUAUUACAUUCUUAAUCAGAAUGUUUUUAUUAAUUAUUAAUUAAUUACAAUCAAUAAAUAAAUUUUUAUUAAAAUGACUGAAAUGGCUAAACUAAAAUUAGCCAAAUUUGUAUACUCUUAGAUUAAUAUGUACUACAUAUCUUGUAACAUGGUAUUAAAUUUGAUAAAAUUGCAAUGCGAUAGUCAGACGCUUGACCUAUGUUCUCGUCUGAUAGAAAGGUUAACACGAUAUUAGGAAGAAUUGCAGAACAUUCUCAUAAAUUUUAGAGCAACACGAUAGGAUUUAUAGUCAUAGAUCAAUAUGUCAAUGUCAGUUAAGUAAUUUGCGUAAUAUUGCUUAAAAAGGAAAAAGUUUCAUGCAUAUUUUAAAUAUAGUGCCUUGAUAUAUAUCCUCUAUUCAUCAUAUCGAUGAUUCUACCUACAAAAAAAUAAUUAAUUAUUUAGAUAUUAUAUUAAGUACAGACUAUUAAUUUACAUUUAAUUAAUAAUUAACAUUACUAUAAAGUAUUAAUGUCUAUUAAAAAUUGGUUAAUCUGUAAAUCUAAAGUAAUCUGUUAAUUUAUUGCAUUAUGGAUUUAAAUACAUAUUUCAAAUUCUGCAAAUAAGAAGACUAGAGAAAAGGAUACAUAAUGAGAUGAAGUUUUUGUCUAUACAUUUUUAUUGAUACAUCAUGGAUUUUCGAUGAGCAGCCGGGAUAGCAAUUCCUCUAACGGAACCAUCAUAAAUAAUAGGUCAGUUGAGUCAGUCUUGGUCUUUAUCUAACAGUCUGAGUGGUGUUAUCAUGCAAAGAUUUUGUAGAACGGCUGAGAACAAGGAUCGGGAGCUACAACUGCAUUCAGUGAACGAACAGACGUCGAUGGGUACGUUGCUAUCAAGAAUAGUAUUUCUCGUUCACUGAAUUACUAAUUACAAAAGCAUUCUGCGUAUUGACAAAUUGUGUAUAGUGUAUAGUGUGCAACUUCUAAUUCUGAGAAUGUUGACUUAUAUUAGAAUAGUGAUUCGUAUAGUCGCAAUGGAGAUGAGGAACGUUGUAGAUGUAGUCAGACAAUGGUACCAAGAAGAAACCUGGUAUGUAAGAAAAGGAUUACAGAAGAUCACUACGGACAAGGCGGAUUUGCCACCAGUCUUAUUGCCAACACGAAAAUAUAUCUUCAUGAUGAUGACUCUCGGUCUGCUCGGCCUCGCAAGCGGCUACCUCAUACUGCUCUUCCACCCCUAUGAAUCAUUAUUUAAGUGGAAAAUAAUCUUCGGCGAAGGCGGCGAGAUCUUCGAGCAGUGGCGAAAACCCGAGGUCGACCUCUACCUCAAGGUUUACCUGUUUAACGUGACAAAUCGCGACGAAUAUCUGAGCGGCGAGGAAAGCAAGCUACGAUUUCAAGAAGUUGGGCCCUACGUGUACAAGGAAGCAUUUGAGCAUGCGGAUGUGGUUUUCAAUGACAAUGGUACGCUAUCGGCGGUACCAAUGCAUCCAUUAAAGUACGUUCCGGAAAUGAGCGGCGGCACGGAAGAGGACCUUGUGAUAAUGCCGAAUAUUGCACUAUUCAGCAUUACAAAUGUGAUGAAAGACGCCUCGUAUAUAACUAGGUGGGGCCUCAACACGCUGAUUCGUCAGACAGAUACUAAACCCCUAGUUCUCAUGACCGCACAUGAAUUCAUGUUUGGCUACCAAUCGACUCUUGUUACCCUUGGUAAUCAUCUAAUGCCAUCCUGGAUCAAGUUCGAUAAAUUAGGAUUAAUCGAUAGAAUGUAUGAUUUCGACGGAGAUUUCGAGACGAUUUACACGGGAGAGACCGAUAUCCGAAUGACAGGCCUGAUUGAUACGUAUAAUGGGGACGUGAACCUACCGCAAUGGGAAGGUAAAUGCGCGAAUGUGCAUGGUGCGAGCGACGGCGUGAAGUUUCCAAGCUACCUCGAGCCUAACGACACGAUUCUCUUCUUUCGUAAGAGUCUCUGCCGAAGCGAACGACUGGUAAAAGUUGGAGAAAAGGUGGUACAGGGCCUGGACACGUACCAUUACACUUUCAUGGAAAAUGAGUUGGAUAACGGAGAGGUAAAUCCGGAAAAUAAAUGCUUCUGUCGUAAAGGACAUUGUCUGAAGCCUGGCUUAAUUGACGUGACCGAUUGUUACUACGGAUUUCCCAUCGCCCUGUCGUACCCACACUUCUACAAGAGCGAUCCAUCGCUAUUAGAAGCCAUCGAAGGGCUGAAACCUACGAAGGAGCAGCACGAGUCCUAUUUCUAUAUUCAGCCAAAGUCUGGACUACCCGUGACUUUGGCAUCCCGAUUCCAAAUUAACAUGGCUCUCCAGACUAUCGGACACAUGGCCAGGGUGGAAAAGUUCUCCGAACUAACGCUUCCAUUAUUGUGGUUCGAAAUCGGAAUGUACGAGCUACCAAUGAAUAUGUAUCUUCGUUUUUGGUUUUAUCUGAACUUCUUACCGGUGUUUGAGGAAAUAAUGAAGUAUGUGCUGUUUCUUUCCGGAGCGGGAUUACUUGUCUGGAGUGUCGUGAGAAUACUGUCUUACCAGACGAAGAAAUCGUCAUCGGAAUGGGUGGAAAUGGAAAGGAAAAAGCGAAAAACACAGACCAACAAGCAAAACGACCCAAAGGCGAAAGAUACAGAUGUAUAUAAUACACUUUUGACUCCCGACGGUCCGAAUCCAACGUUAAUGGUGUAAUUAUAGUGAUCGAGCUGUGAACAGGCAAGAUGUUACUUCUUCAAUAGCAUUUUGAUUAGUUUCUGAUUAUUCUUAUUAAUUGCUAUUGGCAAAACUAUCCAAGUAUAGUAAAUUAUAUAAUUUGCUAUAUUACUCUCAUAUUUUGUAUAUCUUACUAGAUAUGCAAUCGUUAAAGUGAUAUCCAGAGUCAUAGCCGGUUUGAUCGAUUUCGAUUAAAUCAAUUCAUGAACGCUUCCUAUUUUUAUACUUUUAAUAUAUCUGAUAUAUCUUUUAACAUAGAAUAUUAAUAAUCAAUAUAUAGAAAGGCAAUCAAAAUUUCUCUCUAAUUAUCUUCCGAUAGUUGCGUAUAGGAGUUUUUAGUAAACAUUGUUGAUCAUUUUUGUCAAAAUUAUUUAACUUUUAGCGUAAAUUCAGAGGCAUGCAAUGUGUAUGUUUUAAUAGCAAUGUUAUUUAUUUAUAUAUGUUCUAAUAUUCAAAGUUACUUUUUUACUCAUAACAUAGCUUAUUAUAAGAUUUAGGAUAUAUUAAAUUUAUAUGUAAGGUUGGACAAAUUGAAUAUUUAUUAAAAUUAAUGAUUCAUAAAGUUGCGU